UUCUCCAGUACUCAACAAUUUUCAGGAAAAUCGAUUGGUUAAUCAUCUCAUCAUAGGACAGUCCUGUUCUAAGCGCAGACAACCCCUCUCUCUCUCUCUCUCUGCCUUUCCUCUCCCUCCAAAUACAGGGCGUUAUACAAUCGAUACACUACACACAAACUCAGAUAUACGUUACCAGAACAAUUUGGAAGCAGUUUAAAGUUUCUUGAUUUGUGUCGAUUGGUUGAUUUGGAGUAAUUGAGUUUUUUUUUUUUUUAAUUAUUCGGUGUUGGAGCCUGUUUGCGCGUCUCGAUUUAGUAAUUAUUAUUGGAUACCCAGUUACUACUACUAUUUAAGCCGUGGAAUAAUAGAGUUGCUGCCUUUGAUUUUGGUUACUAGUAAGUAGAGAUUCAAACAAUGGCCGGUAUAGCUAUAGCCUUGGAUCUACUGAGGAAGAAUCGAAGCUGGAGCAGUUACCAAACUAUACACUCGACUGGUUUGUUCUCAGCCACUCUCGCUGCUUCUACUGCCGCCGCUUCCAUCGCCGCCGGAACCCCUUUUGCCUCUAGGGCUUUGUUCGGCAUUCCUGGAAGAUCAAUUGCAUAUUGUGAUGCUGGCGCUGCACUAACUGACGAGGAUUACCUUUCCGGAAUAAAAAAGGCGUCUGGAAAUAUUUUUGAGCAUGAUUCUUUGCAGUACCCUACCAAAGAGUACAACAUUGAGCUAAGACCUCUAUUCUCAGCUUUUGGGUGGAAGUCUCUUGCUCAAACGUCAUUGAGGUCUUUCCUCAUGUGCUAUUUGCCUCUUUUGGAGCCUCGUUCAAACGUAGAAGAGGAUGAUGAUGACUUCCUGCAGGGUGCUCCAGAAGAGCACCAUGUGGAUUUAGUUGCUCCUUUCAAGAAAUCAGUGGUGCAAAUCAUUCGUGAGACCACAGUUGUAACUACUAGACGGGUUCUGGAAAGACUUGUUGUUCACUAUGUUUCACACAGAGUGGCAUGGAAAUUACUUAAAGAUGUUCGCAAAUCAGCGGUGCGCAAGGCUGGAAGGGGGAUGCCAAGUUCAGUCUACUUUUUCCAUGUUAGCAGAACAACUUUCAGAGGACAUUUUUUGGUAAUAGCGGCAUGGUGGCUUGUUCAAUCCGGCAUAGAUGUGUACCGAUUCUUUUCUCAAGUGUUUAAAGAAGAUAACGAUAGAGUUGAAAGAGCAGAGCAACUUCAACUUCUUGUGAAGAAGGUUUAUGCUAAUACUCUCAAGGGUGCUGCAUCACUUGUUUUUGCUUCUAUUGGAGCAGGGAUUGGUGCAACCCUGUUUCACCCCUCUGCUGGUCAGUGGAUUGGCUGUACUGUUGGAGAUUUUGCAGGGCCUGUUGUUCUAUCUUUCUGUUUAGAGAAAUUUUUCCGUGCAAACAUUUAGAGCAGCGGCUAAGACUUUCUUUGGGAUCUGAUAAAAAAUAAGGUUGACUUGACUGAUUCUUAAGAUCUUGCUAAUGUAUAAUGCGGAAGUUAUUGAAAUCUAGUUUCGAGAAUUUAACACCUACUACCAGUCCUCAAGUUUUGCUUUCUUUUACCUUGCAAUUGCAUGCAGGAAUGAUCUGAUUCUCAUUUUGAAUUGAGUUUCCAUGAUCAUUGGAUUAACUAUGUUUUCACUGCCUUUCAUAUAUAUUUGGACACCACAUUCUGCGUCG